GGUGGUGUACAGUCCUGUAGACCAAGCAUUUAGCUAGCCCUUGACGGAGCUUGUACAGUGUUUGUACGUUUGCGAUGUGGUCACGAGCGGAAGUGGAAGGUGGUAUUGCUUCAAACUCCGCGAUUUGUUGCUGCACAGCCACACACUUCUUUCAUGCGGCAGAAGGCGUAGUAUUAGGACCCUGGAAAAUAGUCGUGAGCGCGUGAACAUUCGAACUCGGACUCACAGCAUCACGGGCUGGAGAGAUGACUGACUUGACAUUUUGUUACAUUCACAUGACUGAGCAUGAUCUGAAAGUGCUCGAUACCAUCGACAGUCCAGAAUAUAUCUCUGGCGAGUUAUCAGAUGACGAACUUGACAUACCAGCACACAUGAUUCCACCGAAUCCGGACGAUUCUGACAUACUACCUUCUCAGGUGCAUCCUUCUUAUCCCUACGGGAAUCCAACAAAUAUCAAGCAUCCAGCCGCAAGACCGAGACCACCAUAUGACCCAACUUCUCGGGCAUUAUUCGAGGAUAUGGGGUAUGGCGGGGGUGGCGUCAAUGGCUCUUUACGCUGGAGAGACCUUGCAUUGGACCGACUAUUACCCAUCAACGAAGAGAAAGAAGAGACGAAGAGAGCAGCCGAGGCAAGAAAGAUGGCCAAUGGUGCCACG